AUCCGCUGAGCGUGCUGAAAGGAAUACAAGUCGCCUUUUGUGCUCGAAGGGUUUUAUAGUGUUUAUAUCUAUUUAUGGUGUUUUAUGGUCAGUCAUAUGGGACCAGGUGCAUAGAUAAGCAAGCUGAUCAUGUUUUUUCUAUCAUAUCCUACCCUAGCCCACAGUGUGCAGCUACAGACCAAACCUCCCUUUACACACAAUCAUUUAAUCAUCAAGGUUAACUUGUGUAUUGAUUUCGGUCGGAAUGAGUUGCCAUGCAGACAGACAGACAGAGACUGGGAGGGCUCCUCCGCGACUCUCCCCCUCCCCGCAGUGAAAGCGGAACUAAAGUGAAGUCAUGUGACUUCCACUCGGGACCUGAUUAGGGAACGGACUGUUUACCUUCCGCUGCGGACAGAUGCGGUGGAGUGAUGCCCGGCUCGCCCUCUCAAAAUGUACUCGCACGGCUCAGAGAGUUUAAUCAAACAAGCACGGGACAUUCAGGAAGCUGAGCUGAAGAAGUUUUACAGGAGAUUGGCGAAGCUGCUCCAAGGGAAGGAGUUGGGCCAUGAGGCGAUGGACUCGCUGCAGCGGCUGCACCUCAUCCUCUCUGCCACCAAGUUCACCAGGACUUUGCCCGCGGAGCUGCAGAAGGGGCUUUUACCUCUCCUCUCCUCACCGGUGGAGCAGCUCCAGCUGCUGAGCUCGGCCGUACUCAGGGAAACACUGCCCCUCUCUGGGGAGGAACUGAACUACACCCAGGAGGACGUCCUUCAGUUGAACAGCCACACAGCCGCCCUGCUGCUCUCGCAGGCCGGAUCCAGGGCUGAUUUGUCAUCUCUAUGCGCUCAGCUCCUUCGCAGCCUGGAGAGCCGUCAAUCAGAUGGUCCGACGCAUUCGCUCAUGCAAACUCUGCCGAUCCUCAACACCAUCAUCACACACAGCCCAGAGUGCCUCACUGAAGAUCACCUGACCCUACUGAGUAAAAAGAUUGUUGAUUGGCUGCGUUAUGCGAGCAUCACACAGGGAGGUGGUGCUUCCUCUGGAGGAUUCUUCACAGGACCCAGGUCACGUCAGCCGGUACCUACAGCGGAGCUGGAUGGGACGGUGUCUGGGGAUUUCUUCACUGUGCUGUGUGUGGGUCAAGGCUUCACCGACGACCAGUGGAUGAAUGUUUACUCCUUUUCGAUGCUGCGCCAUUGGCUUCUCACCUACCACUCUGUUCCUAGUGGCAGCACCAUCGCAGAUGCUGCAUCUCCAGCAAACAGGCCACAGCUCAGCUUCUCUCUCUCCCACUCCCACUCAUUUUCUAAUGAUGACCGCUCGGAGGUGGACGGCUCAGUCGUAUCCAUGGUUUCUGCAACUUCCUCCUCCAGCCGACUGCUGCCUCCGAAGGAGCGUCUGAGGGAGAAGGCCUUCCAGUACUGCCUGCGCCUCAUCGAACAGAGCGAUCGCAAGGCACUCAAGAGGACAGAUACAGAGCUGCAGAAAGCGUGUCUGGUGGAGGCAGUGUGUAUCCUGGACUGUGUGUGUGUGGAGGACACCUCGCUGGUCUACCGGACAUUCCCGUGUGUAAAGGCGCUUUUUGGUCGGCUCAGCUCAGACCUGACAUUUGCCAGAGUCCUGCUGCCCAUUGCACAAUUCUACCUCAACCACGGUGAAAUGGCGGCAGUGGACUGUGAGAGUGUGUGGAAGUUGGUGUUUGGCCGGUUCCCCGCCGAGCUGUUCAACAGCCCCUUUCUCGCACAUGAGCUGCUGCGCUUCCUGCGACUGAACCUUGAGAGCUUGCAGCUCAGAGUUCCAGAGUAUACCCGCUCAUUCCCCAACCUGCUGAAGUUCUUAGCGUGGGACAGCCCGGCUGUGGUGGAUGACUUUGUUGAUCUGCUGCCCUCUCUGGUGACGGCUGAAACUGCUGUGGAGCUGCUCCAUACAAUGCUGGACCUGCCCUGUCUCUCUGCCACACUGCUCUUGCAGCUCAGGUCAACAUGCUCGCCCAUCUCCGAGCCAGGCGGCCGCGGCCUCCUGUCACUGGAUGCAUUUAGAAGCGCCUCCCUCAGAGGCCUUUUCCUGUACCUGCUUCGAACGGAAGCUGGAUCAGGUGACACUAUUGACAGACUGAGCACGCUGCACGAGCUGCUGGCGGAGGCGGCUGAUUGGCCGAGGGUGGUUCAGUGUGCCCAGACUGUCCCUGUGCUGUUGCACAUUUUCUUCAGCGCAGUCGUUAUGAUAGCUGACGAGAAGCUUUCGGCCCAUUUGAUUCUGGUGAUGCUGGAGAGAAGCAGCCUGCUCCUCAACAUCCCUACAUACAUCAAAGAGAUACACAGGGUGUUCAGCUGCCACCUGCUCAGGCUGUGCAAGCUCCGCCCCUCUCUGGUGGUGGACCAGUCUCAUGAGUUGCUGGAGUUUGCUGGAACCACAGCCAAUGUCUACAGCAAAGACGAAAUCUACACACAUGUGGUGUGGGCGCUGGGAGAGUACCUCUCCGUUUCAUCUGACUCUCGCUGCUCCGUGCGGCUCAUCACUUCCUGUUUCGAGGCGUUGGAGGCGGUGCUGUUUGAAAUAACAUCAUCUGCCCCGCCACCUGGAGCGGCUUGCCCUGUCCCUCGAGUCAUCACCACUCUGAUGAGUGCUCUUGCCAAGCUGGCGUCACGGUCACAUGACCUCAUCCCCAGGGUUUCUCUGUUCCUCUCCAAGCUGAGAACAGUAACCAGAGGGGGAUCGGUGGCCUGGUGCACAGAUGAGGAGGAUCUAGUUGCCAUAGUAAUGCGAGGAGAGGAGUUGUGGUCGCUGCUGAAGACCCCCGGUGUGGCUCAGAGUGUCCUGACCCCGCCUCCACAUGUCACCACACCACAGUGGCACCGAGAUACCAACUUGUCCAUGCCGUUGCAACUGCGAACCCUCACCAGCCUCACACACACACAGUGACACACACAUGCACACCACACUUCACCUUGCAUUGGCAUCUAGACAUGCAUCAGAGUAAAAAAACAAAAACAGAGCCCUUGAUGAAUGGGCAUCUCAAUGAAUGCUGUUUGAUUUUUGCACAUUAAUUUUGUAAAUAAAUUAUGAUAUUUGAUUGAAA